UCAUAAAAAAAACUUUUGUUUUGAAAAUUCGUAGCUUUAACACGGUUGGCUGUGGCCACCACAAUAAUCAUUUUCAUAUUCAUAAUCAUAAUAAUAGCAAACCCGUCAAAUUGUAAAUAAGUCAGUAAAACAAUACUGGCAAUCCAAGAGUUUCCUUUAAAAUUUUUCCAUUUUUUUUCCCAAUUCGUCGUCUAAUUCGUUAAUUUUCCGCUGAUUAAGGGCUAAUUUCCAUGAUAUGUCACCUCUUAAGGGAAGUUGCGACAACAUCAGGUUGAUAGUUGCUUUUUAUUCUGAGCCUCAGCAAUGGUCAUAAAGUCCCUGUGUAUUAUUCUGAUGUCAGGGCGGCUUCUGUGUGUGUUUACUGUUGUUGACAGCUCACAGCUGGCACAACGACUCAAAGGGAGUAACCCUGGACUAAUUUCUAAUGCUUAAGUCGACCUCUGCUGGGAUCAGUGUGCUACUACAUUUUAAGACAAGGUCCAUCUUAAAUAUCGGUGUGGUCAAAAACUUAUUUUGUGCACACCAUUUUUAUCAGUGAGAGUAGGCCACAAACUUCAUCCUUCAGGAUGCUCAUAUUGAAUCAGUUUUAAUAAAAAACUGAACAUUACAGUCUUCAUGAAGGGAGGAUUUAUUCAUCUACCUAAAACUAAGGUAGAUGUAUGCAAUAAACUGGAGUGUACAAGACUCAAGACAAAACAGCAACAGUAGUAAUGAUGCUGUUAACUCACAUCUGUGCUGGCUCCUGCUGAAAAUUGCAUAUAGAAACAUAUUCAUGUUUUAAAAUGUUAAUCCUGGGUUGCUGAAUGGGAGGUGACACUUAAGUUGAAGUGUCAGCUGAAAUUAAAGCACUGAAAGGACAUGAAGUGGCUUUUGAAGUGAAAUGCUGAAAUCACAUGAAAUUUUAAAAAAUUAAAAAUUGAAGCAGUUGAAUAGUCAGUGUGUAUUUAAGUGCUGUCAGUUGAAGUGAGACAGAUGAAAGUGUGCUCAGCUGCCAUUUAAAAGACUGAGGAAUGAAAGCAAUUGAAGUGUCGGAGAAAGUGACAAAGAGAGAGGGGGUAAGAGGUGUAGCUUUCAUUUUGGCCAGAGUCACAGUAGUCAGUAUACUGACUCUGGCCAACCAUCCACCUUUCAUUACUCCCACUCCUCACCUCCUCAUACAUCAAACACCUGAGUCCAGCAGUGGUCUCAAAGGAAAAGAACCGGGGGAACAGGUUGACAGCGACAAGGGAGGGGUUGAAAGGGGAUACAGUUUGCAAAAGUAGGCGAAGUCCACAGGUGUUUUCACUGCUCUGACACCAAAGACAGUGAAUUUAACACUGAGAACAAGCCUUAAAGAAAUCCUUCAGUUUCAAACUACAGUGAAAUUAACAGAAAAAUCUGAAUGACACUGAGCGGUGCACAGUGCUGUUCAGUAUCCGUUCUUCUACCGGGCCUAGUGUGAAAUGACUGAGCACUUUUCGCCUGUAUCACCUGAGUUCAUCUAGCAGUGCAGGUGCGUCGGGGUGGGAGGGUGUUUGGCAAGUCCACAGACGGUGAGCUCAGUUUGAAGAUUUCCAGCUUCACAGAAACAUCAUGCGCUCUCUGCUCCCUCUCCUCUGCCUGGUCCUGGCCUGGACAAAAGGAGCAGGGGCAUCAGACCAUUCCCUGCCCUUCAUGGUGUACCUGGAUCAGGACCAUCUGGUUUGCCUUAAGUGGGGCUUCGAUAAUCCACAGGGAACUAUUACAUUAAAAGUGCUGAUCAACACAACAGGCUGGAUAGGCUUUGGCUUUAGUCCGAAUGGAGGAAUGGCAGGGGCAGACAUCAUCAUGGGAGGACUUGGACCCAGUGGAAUCUACUUUGCAGAUUAUUACGCCACAGGAAACUCCAAGCCUGUGAAGGAUACGGAGCAGAGCUACACUCUCCAGUCUAUGAGUGAAAGCGAAGGGCAAACCAUCAUGACCGUGCAGAGGCCAUUCAGGCCGUGUGAUAACCAAGACUUCGAUAUCACCGCUCAACCCAUUAAGCUGAUCUAUGCCUAUGGAACAACAGAUGAGAUCAGCUACCACAGCGGCCGCAGAGGCACCAUGGAGGUCAACUUGCUGAACUACAUGCCCAGGACCUCCAUAUCCAACCCCACCUAUCUCAGCGUCAAUGUGGACAAUAUUACUGUGCCCGCGUAUCACACCUACUACCACUGCAAGGUCAUGAACUUUCCAAGCUUGACUACAAAACAUCACAUAUACCAGAUCGAACCAGUGAUUGAGAACCAUGACAUCGUUCAUCACAUGCUUCUGUACAGAUGUCCCUCCUUCGUGUUGCAAUCAUACGACAAGCCGUGCUACAUGGGCGAUAUAGGGGAUGCCUGCUUCUGGGUAGUGGCUUCAUGGGCGGUGGGAGGAGGGGUAUUUGAGCUCCCAGAGAAUGCAGGUAUUCCCAUUGGAGGUGAGGACAGUAAUAUAUUCUACAGGCUGGAAAUCCAUUACAAUAACCCAAACAUUGAAGCAGGCAGGAUUGAUAGCUCAGGAUUACGGCUGCACUAUACAGCCCAACUCCGGGAGCAUGAUGUGGGCAUCCUGAAUGCAGGCGUGCUACCGUUGUCCACCAUUGAGUACAAAAUCCCUCCAAAUGCCCCUCAGUUCCACACCUAUGGCGUCUGUAAUACAUCUCUCUUCUCUCAGCUUGUGAAUCCAGUGCCUGACCUUCAAGUGUUCUCUGUGCUGCUGCACACUCACUUGGCUGGGAGGAAAGUGAGAGUUGGCCAGUUUAGAGAUGGAAAGCAGAUCGACUUCGUGGGUGUGAAUGAAAACUAUGACUUUGAGGUGCAGGAGAUCAUCAGUCUGGGAAACAUCAGGACCAUCAAGCCAGGUGAUGAGAUUGUUGUGGAGUGUACCUACAACACUGUCAAUCGCACUGGAGUCACUAAGAUGGGUUUAGCAACCACUGAUGAGAUGUGUCUGGCCUUCCUGUACUACUACCCUGCAAUCAAGAUCGCCUCAUGUACUAGCCAACCAAAUUUAACGUUUCUGAAUAAUUCAAGCUACCCGACGUCUCCAGACCAAGCUGAAAUUGCUGAUUAUCAGAAUGUGCUAAACACCGUGUCACAAUUUCAGCUGAUCACUGAUGAUGAUGACAACAACACAUUUUACACAAAUGGUAUCAUCAGGGAGCUGAUGAGCACUCCGACUGUCACUUGUAACGCACCGAGCAGACUCUUCAUUCCCUGGAUCAUGAACCCAGCAGGAAUCGUGCUAUUGCUGGUCUGGAUUGCAGUAAUGUAACAUGGCUGUGUGAGCAACAGAUCCAAUCUAUUGUAAUCUUGAUAAAGGAAGGCAAAGUUGAUAAAAUCCCUGUUUGAUUGAUAAAACCAAAUUGUGUAUAUUAAACUUUGUAUA